AUGGCCAUGGUGGGUGCAGUUGAAGCCCAGAACGAUGCAGCACCCGCAAAAUCGAAGUCUCUUCCUCCACCGGUCCUGCAGGGACAAAAAUUUUUUCCACCAUCCAAAGGAGUGCAAAUCAUUCCACCUUUCCAAAACACGCUGAAAGUCAAGGCUGGAAACCCCUCUCACAAUGGCCGUGUCUGCAGCACGUGGGGUAACUUCCACUACAAGACCUUUGAUGGGGACAUCUUCUACUUCCCUGGGGUCUGCAAUUACAUCUUUACCUCCAACUGCAAAUCUCCCUACGAGGAUUUCAACAUCCAGAUCAGGCGCACGAUGGCGGCAAAUGCCACGGUGAUCACUCACGUCAUCAUGAAGGUGGAAGGAGCAGUGAUUGAACUGACUCGUGGCGCUGUCCAUCUUGAUGGCAAACUGGUUCAUAUGCCUUACAGCCACAUGGGAGUCUUCAUAGAGAAAAGCAACAACUACAUAAAAGUUUCUGCCAAGAUAGGCCUGACCUUCCUUUGGAAUGAAGAGGAUGCUCUUCUGGUGGAACUAGAUAAGAAGUAUGCCAACCAAACCUGUGGACUUUGUGGGGACUUCAAUGGAAUUCCACUUUACAGUGAAUUUGUUUCAGGGAAGACAAAACUGAGUGACAUACAGUAUGGGAAUAAGCACAAGAUGGAUGGACCCACGGAGCAGUGUGCUGAUCCUAUUCCUUCUACUGUGCCAAUGAACUGUUCAUCUGAAUUUGCAACUAUCUGUCAGACAGUGUUGACCAGCAAAGCAUUCGCAAGCUGCAACGCUCUCGUGAACGUUCAGGACUACAUAGAAACCUGCAUACAAGACCUCUGCCACUGUGACAGCUCCAUGGCUGAUUUCUGCAUGUGCAACACCUUUGCUGAGUACUCUCGGCAGUGUGCUCAUGCUGGUGGACAGCCUCAGAACUGGAGAACCUCAGAGCUGUGUCCCAAAUCAUGUCCUUUCAACAUGCAGUACCAGGAGUGUGGCUCACCCUGCUCGGACACGUGCAGCAACCCGGAACGCUCGGAACUCUGUGAAGAUCACUGCACAGAUGGCUGCGUCUGCCCUCCAGGAACUGUCUUUGAUGACAUCAAUGGUGCUGGCUGCAUUCCCCGUAAGGCAUGCCACUGUACCUAUGAAGGGGAAACUUAUGCUCCUGGAGCCUCCUUCUCAUCCAAAUGCAGAUCAUGUACCUGUGUUGGAGGUGAAUGGUCUUGCAUCACCCGGUCAUGCCCUGGAACUUGCAGCGUUGAAGGAGGUUCCCACAUCUCCACUUUUGAUGAGAAGCAUUAUUCCUUCUUUGGAGACUGCAGCUACGUCCUAACCAAGCUCUGUGACAGCAAUGAAUUCAGUGUCCUGGGAGACAUCCACAAGUGUGGCCUGUCUGACACUGAGACGUGCCUCAAGAGCAUAGCUGUCAGCCUGAACGGAGGGCAAACUAACAUCGUGAUCCAAGCUUCUGGCAGUGUAUUUGUGAACAUGAUCUACACACAGCUGCCAUUCUCUGCUGCAAAUGUCACCAUCUUCAGACCAUCCUCUUUCUUCAUCAUUCUGCAAACAACCUUUGGUCUUCAGAUACAAGUUCAGCUCGUGCCUCUCAUGCAAGUGUAUAUAGACCUAGACCCAUCACAUAAAGGGCAGACCUGUGGUCUCUGUGGAAACUUCAAUGAUAUGCAGACAGAUGAUUUCAAAACCACCAGUGGUGUAAUAGAGGGCACUUCAGCUGCCUUUGGCAACACCUGGAAAAUCAGGGCUGAUUGUCCUAAUGCCAAAAAUACCUUUGAGGACCCCUGUACUGUCAGCAUCCAAAAUGACCAGUAUGCUCAGCACUGGUGUGGACUGCUCUCUGACCCCACGGGACCUUUUGCUGCAUGUCACUCGACAGUGAAUCCAGAAGUUUAUCAGAAGAACUGCAUGUUUGACACCUGUAACUGUGAGAAGAGUGAGGACUGCAUGUGUGCUGCCCUUUCCAGCUAUGCCAGGGCCUGUGCUGCUAAAGGAGUUCUCCUCACUGGGUGGAGGACCAAAGCCUGCACAAAAUACACCAAACUGUGUCCAAAAUCCUUGGAGUACUCUUACUACAUCAACUCCUGCCAGCCCACCUGCCGAGCUCUGAGUGAGCCUGAUGUCACCUGCAGCAUCGAGUUUGUCCCAGUUGAUGGCUGCACCUGCAUAAAUGGAACCUACAUGGAUGACAGUGGGAAAUGUGUGCCUGCUUCUAGCUGUCCUUGCUAUUACAAGGGAACACCUCUGUCUUCUGGAGAAGUCAUCCACGAUAACGGUGUUGUCUGCACUUGCUCCUAUGGAAAGCUGAGCUGCACUGGAGAGAAACCCGAACCAGUCUGCACAUCCCCCAUGGUCUAUAUUGACUGUGGCAAUGCCACUGGAGAAGUAAUAGGAGCAGGAUGCCAGAAGAGCUGUCAGACUCUAGAUAUGGAAUGUUACAAAACCCACUGUGUCUCUGGCUGUGUGUGUCCUCACAACAAAGUGCUGGAUGGCAAAGGCGGCUGCAUAGCUCCAGAAGACUGUCCAUGUGUUCACAAUGGGAAUUUCUACAAUCCAGGAGAAUCAAUCAGAGUUGGCUGCAACAACUGCACAUGUAGAAACAGAAAAUGGCAUUGCUCCCAGGAACCCUGCCUGGAAACCUGCUCUGUUUAUGGAGAUGGGCACUACACCACCUUCGAUGGCAAACGCUUUGAUUUCGAAGGGGACUGUGAAUAUGUUCUGGUGCAGAACUACUGUGGUCAACAAGGUACGAAUCAGGGAACCUUCAGAGUCAUCACUGAGAACAUUCCAUGCGGCACUACAGGAACCACUUGCUCUAAGUCUAUUAAAGUUUUCCUGGGGAACUAUGAGCUGGUACUCAGUGAUGGACAGUCUGAGGUCAUCCAAAGGGCACCCGGGGGAAAAAUGCCAUUCCAGAUCCGUUCCAUGGGCAUCUACCUGGUGGUUGAUACUACUGUUGGCCUGAUACUCAUGUGGGACAAGAAAACCAGCAUCUUCAUCAAACUCAGCCCCAGCUUUGAGGGACAUGUCUGUGGACUUUGUGGAAACUAUGAUGGCAAUGGAAAUAAUGACUUCACUACUCGCAGUCAGUCUGUGGUAGGAAAUGUGCUGGAGUUUGCCAACAGCUGGAAGGUGUCUUCUAGUUGCCCCAGUGCCAACGGUACGAAGGAUCCAUGCAGUGCGAACCCGUACAGGAAAGCCUGGGCACAGAAGCAAUGCAGCAUCAUUACCAGCGAAGUGUUUGCAAAGUGUCACUCCCAGGUUGAACCGAAUGAAUACUAUCAAGCGUGUGUGGAUGAUGCUUGUGCCUGCGACACUGGAGGGGACUGUGAAUGUUUCUGCACAGCAGUAGCUGCCUAUGCUCAAGCCUGCAAUGAGCUGGACAUCUGCAUUUCAUGGAGAACCCCAUCCAUUUGUCCUCUCUUCUGUGAUUACUACAAUCCCCAAGGGGAGUGUGAGUGGCACUACAAACCAUGCGGAGCCCCUUGUAUGAAGACCUGCAAAAAUCCAAGUGGGAAAUGCCUUCAUGAGUUGAGGGGUUUGGAAGGCUGCUAUCCAAACUGUCCAAAGAAUAAGCCCUAUUUUGAUGAAGAAACCAUGACUUGUGUUGACACUUGUGGUUGCUAUGAAAAUGGAAAGAAUUACAAACCAGGAACACUGAUGCCUUCAAAGGACAACUGUCAGUCAUGUGAAUGCACAAUUCAUGGCAAGAAAUGCAGCUAUGAUGUUUAUGAAUGUGUCUGCAUUUAUGAGGGAAAGAAAUAUGGCUACAAAGAUGUGGUCUACAACACUACAGAUGGCAUAGGAGGGUGUAUUGUGGCAGUUUGUGGUUCCAAUGGAACGCUUGAAAGGAUUGUCUACGAUUGUCCAGUCUCAACAACACCCACAACGACCUUCCACUUCAGCACUACAACAGCUCCCACCACAUCCACAGCAUCCCCGACGACAUCAGUGUGCGUUCAUGAAGUCUGCGAGUGGUCACAGUGGUAUGAUGGGAGUGUGCAAACACCCGGCUACGACGGUGGAGAUUUUGAAACCUUUGAUGAUUUGAGAGCUAAAGGUUAUGAAGUCUGCAAGGCUCCUCGGGCUGUUGAAUGCAGGGCAGAGAAAUUCCCUGACAUACCACUGAAGGACCUAGGCCAAAAAGUAGAAUGCAGUGCAAAGUCUGGGCUUAUCUGUUACAACAAGGACCAAAUCUCAAUGAUGUGCAACAAUUACGAAAUCAGAAUCUUGUGCUGUCGUUUCGUACCAUGCUCUUCCACAACACCAACUCAGAGCACAAGUACUGAAGAAACUACAACAUUUUCAACCACUACAACACUUUCUGCCACUACUACUACUGAAAUUACAACGACUCCUACCACCUCUAUCCCAACAAUACCUGUUUGUACGAAAGAAGAAUGCUACUGGUCAAGGUGGUAUGAUGUCAGCUAUCCUGGCUCUGGAUAUAAUGAUGGAGACUUUGAAACAAUAAAGAAUAUUGAAAAGAAGGGAUACAAAGUCUGUGCAAACAGAAAAGCUGUGGAAUGCAGAGCAGUACGGUUCCCAAACACACCAUAUCCACUCCUGGAACAAUACAUCACAUGCAACACGGAAGAAGGUUUGACGUGCUACAACAAAAACCAACUACCACCCAUCUGCUAUAACUAUGAGCUGAGAUUUAAAUGCUGCAAAACCAUAACAAUACCAUGCGAGACAACAACAGAGUCAUACACAACUACAACACCACUGAUUUACUCAACAACACACAGUACAACAGAAAUAACAACACCAUAUAUACACACCAAACAUGAAUCAACAACAACAUCAACAACUCCACCACAAACAGAACCCAUUCAUAUGAGAACGACAACACCACAGACAACAACACACAGCCCGACCACAACCAGCAAGUACUCUCCCCCCUGUGAGCCCAAUAUAUGCCGCUGGAGUGAAUGGUUUGAUGUUGACUUCCCCUCACCGGGACCCAACCAGGGAGACUUUGAGACCUACCAGCACAUUCGCGCUGCAGGCAAGAAAAUCUGUCAACAUCCACAGGAAAUCGAGUGCCGGGCCGAGGACUACCCCGAGCUGCCCAUCACACAGGUCGGACAGGUCGUGCAGUGCGACGUCAACUUUGGACUGGUGUGCAAGAACCAGGACCAGACUGGCAAAUUCAAGAUGUGCCUCAACUACAAGAUCCGUGUCCGCUGCUGCAAAACCACAUCGCAGACCUACACCACCACCACCCGACCCACACCACCACCAACCCCUUACAUCCCCAGCACAACCUCCACCACCACCCAGGUCUCUACCCCUUGUGAGCCCAACAUAUGCCGCUGGAGUGAAUGGUUUGAUGUUGACUUCCCCUCACCGGGACCCAACCAGGGAGACUUUGAGACCUACCAGCACAUCCGCGCUGCCGGCAAGAAAAUCUGUCAACAUCCACAGGAAAUCGAGUGCCGGGCCGAGGACUACCCCGAGCUGCCCAUCACACAGGUCGGACAGGUCGUGCAGUGCGACGUCAACUUUGGACUGGUGUGCAAGAACCAGGACCAGACUGGCAAAUUCAAGAUAACGCCAACCUCCACCUCCGUCACCACCUCUACACACACCACCCAGGUCUCUACCCCUUGUGAGCCCAACAUAUGCCGCUGGAGUGAAUGGUUUGAUGUUGACUUCCCCUCACCGGGACCCAACCAGGGAGACUUUGAGACCUACCAGCACAUCCGCGCUGCCGGCAAGAAAAUCUGUCAACAUCCACAGGAAAUCGAGUGCCGGGCCGAGGACUACCCCGAGCUGCCCAUCACACAGGUCGGACAGGUCGUGCAGUGCGACGUCAACUUUGGACUGGUGUGCAAGAACCAGGACCAGACUGGCAAAUUCAAGAUGUGCCUCAACUACAAGAUCCGUGUCCGCUGCUGCAAAACCACAUCGCAGACCUACACCACCACCACCCGACCCACACCACCACCAACCCCUUACAUCCCCAGCACAACCUCCACCACCACCCAGGUCUCUACCCCUUGUGAGCCCAACAUAUGCCGCUGGAGUGAAUGGUUUGAUGUUGACUUCCCCUCACCGGGACCCAACCAGGGAGACUUUGAGACCUACCAGCACAUCCGCGCUGCCGGCAAGAAAAUCUGUCAACAUCCACAGGAAAUCGAGUGCCGGGCCGAGGACUACCCCGAGCUGCCCAUCACACAGGUCGGACAGGUCGUGCAGUGCGACGUCAACUUUGGACUGGUGUGCAAGAACCAGGACCAGACUGGCAAAUUCAAGAUGUGCCUCAACUACAAGAUCCGUACCUACACCACCACCACCCGACCCACACCACCACCAACCCCUUACAUCCCCAGCACAACCUCCACCACCACCCAGGUCUCUACCCCUUGUGAGCCCAACAUAUGCCGCUGGAGUGAAUGGUUUGAUGUUGACUUCCCCUCACCGGGACCCAACCAGGGAGACUUUGAGACCUACCAGCACAUUCGCGCUGCAGGCAAGAAAAUCUGUCAACAUCCACAGGAAAUCGAGUGCCGGGCCGAGGACUACCCCGAGCUGCCCAUCACACAGGUCGGACAGGUCGUGCAGUGCGACGUCAACUUUGGACUGGUGUGCAAGAACCAGGACCAGACUGGCAAAUUCAAGAUGUGCCUCAACUACAAGAUCCGUACCUACACCACCACCACCCGACCCACACCACCACCAACCCCUUACAUCCCCAGCACAACCUCCACCACCACCCAGGUCUCUACCCCUUGUGAGCCCAACAUAUGCCGCUGGAGUGAAUGGUUUGAUGUUGACUUCCCCUCACCGGGACCCAACCAGGGAGACUUUGAGACCUACCAGCACAUCCGCGCUGCCGGCAAGAAAAUCUGUCAACAUCCACAGGAAAUCGAGUGCCGGGCCGAGGACUACCCCGAGCUGCCCAUCACACAGGUCGGACAGGUCGUGCAGUGCGACGUCAACUUUGGACUGGUGUGCAAGAACCAGGACCAGACUGGCAAAUUCAAGAUGUGCCUCAACUACAAGAUCCGUGUCCGCUGCUGCAAAACCACAUCGCAGACCUACACCACCACCACCCGACCCACACCACCACCAACCCCUUACAUCCCCAGCACAACCUCCACCACCACCCAGGUCUCUACCCCUUGUGAGCCCAACAUAUGCCGCUGGAGUGAAUGGUUUGAUGUUGACUUCCCCUCACCGGGACCCAACCAGGGAGACUUUGAGACCUACCAGCACAUUCGCGCUGCCGGCAAGAAAAUCUGUCAACAUCCACAGGAAAUCGAGUGCCGGGCCGAGGACUACCCCGAGCUGCCCAUCACACAGGUCGGACAGGUCGUGCAGUGCGACGUCAACUUUGGACUGGUGUGCAAGAACCAGGACCAGACUGGCAAAUUCAAGAUGUGCCUCAACUACAAGAUCCGUGUCCGCUGCUGCAGCCCCAACCCCAGCUGCCCAGGACCACUACCCUACAGCACCCCCAGCCCCACCACCACAACCACGCACAGAACGCCAACCUCCACCUCCGUCACCACCUCUACACACACCACCCAGGUCUCUACCCCUUGUGAGCCCAACAUAUGCCGCUGGAGUGAAUGGUUUGAUGUUGACUUCCCCUCACCGGGACCCAACCAGGGAGACUUUGAGACCUACCAGCACAUCCGCGCUGCCGGCAAGAAAAUCUGUCAACAUCCACAGGAAAUCGAGUGCCGGGCCGAGGACUACCCCGAGCUGCCCAUCACACAGGUCGGACAGGUCGUGCAGUGCGACGUCAACUUUGGACUGGUGUGCAAGAACCAGGACCAGACUGGCAAAUUCAAGAUGUGCCUCAACUACAAGAUCCGUGUCCGCUGCUGCAAAACCACAUCGCAGACCUACACCACCACCACCCGACCCACACCACCACCAACCCCUUACAUCCCCAGCACAACCUCCACCACCACCCAGGUCUCUACCCCUUGUGAGCCCAACAUAUGCCGCUGGAGUGAAUGGUUUGAUGUUGACUUCCCCUCACCGGGACCCAACCAGGGAGACUUUGAAACGUACCAGCACAUCCGCGCUGCCGGCAAGAAAAUCUGUCAACAUCCACAGGAAAUCGAGUGCCAGGCCGAGGACUACCCCGAGCUGCCCAUCACACAGGUCGGACAGGUCGUGCAGUGCGACGUCAACUUUGGACUGGUGUGCAAGAACCAGGACCAGACUGGCAAAUUCAAGAUGUGCCUCAACUACAAGAUCCGUGGAGACUUUGAGACCUACCAGCACAUCCGCGCUGCCGGCAAGAAAAUCUGUCAACAUCCACAGGAAAUCGAGUGCCGGGCCGAGGACUACCCCGAGCUGCCCAUCACACAGGUCGGACAGGUCGUGCAGUGCGACGUCAACUUUGGACUGGUGUGCAAGAACCAGGACCAGACUGGCAAAUUCAAGAUGUGCCUCAACUACAAGAUCCAAACCACAUCGCAGACCUACACCACCACCACCCGACCCACACCACCACCAACCCCUUACAUCCCCAGCACGACCUCCACCACCACCCAGGUCUCUACCCCUUGUGAGCCCAACAUAUGCCGCUGGAGUGAAUGGUUUGAUGUUGACUUCCCCUCACCGGGACCCAACCAGGGAGACUUUGAGACCUACCAGCACAUCCGCGCUGCCGGCAAGAAAAUCUGUCAACAUCCACAGGAAAUCGAGUGCCGGGCCGAGGACUACCCCGAGCUGCCCAUCACACAGGUCGGACAGGUCGUGCAGUGCGACGUCAACUUUGGACUGGUGUGCAAGAACCAGGACCAGACUGGCAAAUUCAAGAUGUGCCUCAACUACAAGAUCCGUGUCCGCUGCUGCAAAACCACAUCACAGACCUACACCACCACCACCCGACCCACACCACCACCAACCCCUUACAUCCCCAGCACAACCUCCACCACCACCCAGGUCUCUACCCCUUGUGAGCCCAACAUAUGCCGCUGGAGUGAAUGGUUUGAUGUUGACUUCCCCUCACCGGGACCCAACCAGGGAGACUUUGAGACCUACCAGCACAUCCGCGCUGCCGGCAAGAAAAUCUGUCAACAUCCACAGGAAAUCGAGUGCCGGGCCGAGGACUACCCCGAGCUGCCCAUCACACAGGUCGGACAGGUCGUGCAGUGCGACGUCAACUUUGGACUGGUGUGCAAGAACCAGGACCAGACUGGCAAAUUCAAGAUGUGCCUCAACUACAAGAUCCGUACCCCCAGCCCCACCACCACCACCACGCACAGAACACCAACCUCCACCUCCGUCACCACCUCUACACAAUCCAUCUCCUCAGAAACCACAUCACAGACCUACACCACCACCACCCGACCCACACCACCACCAACCCCUUACAUCCCCAGCACAACCUCCACCACCACCCAGGUCUCUACCCCUUGUGAGCCCAACAUAUGCCGCUGGAGUGAAUGGUUUGAUGUUGACUUCCCCUCACCGGGACCCAACCAGGGAGACUUUGAGACCUACCAGCACAUCCGCGCUGCCGGCAAGAAAAUCUGUCAACAUCCACAGGAAAUCGAGUGCCGGGCCGAGGACUACCCCGAGCUGCCCAUCACACAGGUCGGACAGGUCGUGCAGUGCGACGUCAACUUUGGACUGGUGUGCAAGAACCAGGACCAGACUGGCAAAUUCAAGAUGUGCCUCAACUACAAGAUCCAAACCACAUCGCAGACCUACACCACCACCACCCGACCCACACCACCACCAACCCCUUACAUCCCCAGCACGACCUCCACCACCACCCAGGUCUCUACCCCUUGUGAGCCCAACAUAUGCCGCUGGAGUGAAUGGUUUGAUGUUGACUUCCCCUCACCGGGACCCAACCAGGGAGACUUUGAGACCUACCAGCACAUCCGCGCUGCCGGCAAGAAAAUCUGUCAACAUCCACAGGAAAUCGAGUGCCGGGCCGAGGACUACCCCGAGCUGCCCAUCACACAGGUCGGACAGGUCGUGCAGUGCGACGUCAACUUUGGACUGGUGUGCAAGAACCAGGACCAGACUGGCAAAUUCAAGAUGUGCCUCAACUACAAGAUCCGUGUCCGCUGCUGCAGCCCCAACCCCAGCUGCCCAGGACCACUACCCUACAGCACCACCACCCCCACUACCACACAGUCCACCUCCUCAGAAACCACAUCGCAGACCUACACCACCACCACCCGACCCACACCACCACCAACCCCUUACAUCCCCAGCACAACCUCCACCACCACCCAGGUCUCUACCCCUUGUGAGCCCAACAUAUGCCGCUGGAGUGAAUGGUUUGAUGUUGACUUCCCCUCACCGGGACCCAACCAGGGAGACUUUGAGACCUACCAGCACAUCCGCGCUGCCGGCAAGAAAAUCUGUCAACAUCCACAGGAAAUCGAGUGCCGGGCCGAGGACUACCCCGAGCUGCCCAUCACACAGGUCGGACAGGUCGUGCAGUGCGACGUCAACUUUGGACUGGUGUGCAAGAACCAGGACCAGACUGGCAAAUUCAAGAUGUGCCUCAACUACAAGAUCCGUGUCCGCUGCUGUGAUUUGAUUUACAACAGAAUGGAUAGUGAUGGGUGUCGAUUUUAUGCCAUCUGUAGUCCAACCUGCACCAUCGAACGGCACCUUAUGGACUGCAAUGCUACUACUCCUCCUGGACAGCGCUACAAAUUAUCCAACUGUACAGAGCUCCUUUGUAAGGGAGACAACAACGUGGAAAUAAUCCCAACACACUGCCCGCCUGUAAAGGAAAUUACCUGUGCCAACAAGUACCCAGCCAUACUGGUACCUGAUGAAAACGGCUGUUGUUACCAUUAUGAGUGCCAAUGUGUGUGUAGCGGAUGGGGUGAUCCUCAUUACAUUACUUUUGACGGAACCUACUACACCUUCCUUGAAAACUGCACUUACGUCCUGGUGAAACAGAUUGUGCCUAAGUACGACAACUUCCGGGUCUACAUCGACAACUACUACUGCGAUGCAAAGGAUGGACUUUCCUGCCCCAAAUCCAUUAUUAUUUUCUACAAAUCAGCUAAAGUGGUGCUGACACGUGAACUCGUGAACGGCGUGAUGACCAACGUGAUGUACUUCAACAACAAGGUUGUCAAACCAGGCUUCACAAAGGAUGGCAUUGCCUUCUCCAUGCUUGGCAUCAACAUGAUUGUGGAAAUUGAAGAGAUUGGUGCAACCAUCACCUUCAGCGGUGUGAUUUUCUCUGUAAAACUCCCCUACAGCAAAUUUGGCAACAACACCGAAGGACAGUGUGGAACGUGCACAAACGAUAAAUCAGACGAAUGCCGCUUGCCGAACGGCAAGAUCAUUUCCUCCUGUCCUCAAAUGGCUCAUCACUGGAUCGUUGCUGACAACAAGACGUGUCAUGGAUUACCAGUACCACCAGUGAUAACCACACCUCCACCAAAGCCUCACUGUGAAACACCUCCUCUCUGCAAGCUUAUCUGGAGCGAGAUUUUUGCAGCGUGCCACGACGUGAUACCAGCAGAGCCAUUUUUCAAGGGCUGUGUUUUUGAUGGAUGUCGCAUAGCUGAUGAAUCCAUGCAGUGUUCCAGCUUGGAGAUAUAUGCUACAGAGUGUGCUGCUAGAGGUGUCUGCAUUGACUGGAGAGGGAAAACCAACAAUGUCUGCCCAUACAAGUGUCCAGCACACAUGGUUUACAGGCCAUGUGGGUCCAUCAACCCUGCUACCUGUGACCAGAGCCUGCAGAGGAUCAAAUGGAGAAUCCAGAUCGGAGAAAAAUGGACAGAAGAUUGCCAGGAGUGUGUCUGUGACAAAUACACCCUUAAAGUCCACUGCAGGAAACACAAAUGUUACCCAACAGAGCACGUGUUUUGUGAUGAACCAGGCUACAUGCCUGUUCAGGUACAGAUACCAGAAGAUCCAUGCUGCACCAGGACCGAGUGUUAUUGCAACACUAGCCUCUGCCCUGCGACCACCCCACAGUGCUUAGAUGGACAGGAAGUGGUCACCGUAAUGCAGCCUGGGAAAUGUUGUCCUACCUUUGAGUGCAGACAUGGCUGUGUGCUCAACGAAACCUACUACGCGCCUGGAGCUGUUGUUCCAUCAGGCCCCUGUGAAGAAUGUGUCUGCUCUGAAUCCUCUUACUCCAACCCUCACCGUCCUACUAUCAUGUGUGCGCCUGUUAUCUGCAACACGGACUGCCCAGAGGUUGGAGAAUUCUGGAAUGCACCUGAUAACAACUGCACAAGUUACACAUGUGAAAAAUAUGAAGACCAGUACAUUAAAGUCAUCUUACAGAAGACCUGUCCUCCCUUUAACCCUGAUGAGUGCGAUGCAGAUGACAUCAAGGUGUCUGAUGAUGGCUGCUGUCAAGUGUGCAAACCAAAUCUGAGGAGUUGUAUGAAGCGCAACAGCACUGAUGUCAUCAGAUACCGUGGCUGCGUGUCUCCUGCACCUGUGGAGAUCACAUACUGUGAAGGCAGCUGUGAUGCUUAUGCACGGUAUUCCCUAGAGGCGAACACCAUGGACCACAAGUGCUCAUGUUGUCAGGAAAUCAAGACCAGACAAAGAAAGGUGACUCUGACAUGCAGUGAUGGAUCCUUCCUGGAUUACUCCUACACCUACGUGGAGAAAUGCAGCUGUGUGACUGCUGACUGCAUUCCCCAAGGCACCACCCAACAGCAAACAAAGCAGAUCUCCCAGGAGCAAGUGAAAGGCUGA